AUGGAGACGACUGCCAAGCUCGCCGUCCUCAUCGACGCCGACAAUGCCCAGCCUACUGCGGCCCCCGCUCUGCUCGCUGAAGUCGCCAAAUAUGGCACCGCCUUUGUGCGACGGGCCUAUGGUGACUGGACCGGCACCAGCCUCAAGGGCUGGAAGAACCAGCUCCUCACACAGUCGAUCCAGCCGAUUCAGCAAUUUGCAUACACCCAGGGAAAGAACGCGACGGACACCGCUAUCGACAGCGAUUUCACACGGCUAGCAGCGCGCAUCCGCGAGUCCGGUCUGGUUGUAUACGGCUUCGGGGAGCAUAAAACGCCCAAGCCCUUCGUCUCAGCAUGCGACAAGUUCAUCUACUUCGAGAACCUUGCCUACGAUGAGCAGCUUGCAGUGCCACAAGAAAGCGCCGCCAUUGUUGAACCACUCGACCAAGAAGCCUCUUCAAGCACGGUCAAGAGUGACAUCCCCCUGGAGAGACUGUUGCGAAUGGCGGUUGAGGCCGCGUCGGACGAUGAGGGAUGGGCCAAUCUGGCCAAGGUUGGCGCACACAUCACCAGGCAGUUUCCGGAUUUCGAUCCACGCAGUUUCGGAUAUCUCAAGCUUAGCGAUUUGGUCAUUGCUACCGGUGUGUUCGAUAUUGAUCGUCGCUGUCCUGGAGAGGGCAAGGCGACGGUCAUCUACGCGCGCGCCAAGCGCUCGAAGCAUGUAAACGAUGCCAGAAUGACGAGUCCAUCGGAAACCCUCAUCUAA